CCUCCUCUUCUCCUCCCACACAACUCCAGCCAUAUAAACAAAACCGUUACAUUUGUACUGUUGUUAUUUUUUUUUCCAUUUCCUGGAUUCGCCAAGUCCGUUGGAGUUCCACCCAGGCGCGCAGGGGGAGAGAGAUGGCACACAGUGAGAACCAACAUUCGUCCUUUUCUGAUAUAAUAGAAUUAAACGUCGGCGGGCAAGUGUAUGUAACUCGACAUGCAACUUUAGUCUCCGUCCCAAACUCUCUCCUGUGGACUAUGUUCGCACAGAAGAGCCCUACAGAACUACCGAAAGACAGCAAAGGACGCUACUUCUUUGACCGGGACGGAUUUCUGUUCAGGUAUAUUCUGGAUUAUCUGCGGGAAAGGGACAUCGUUCUACCGGACUUCUUUAAGGAGAGGGGUCGGUUACAGAAGGAGGCAGAGUUCUUCCAGCUGCACGAGCUCGCACAGCGCCUCAGACCGGCAGCGAGUAAAGAUAACUCUCUCCGGGACGAGCUGUGCGCCCAUGGGGACCCGGAAGAGGCUUCUCUCGCGUGCGCUCUGGGUAGUAGCAGCAUCACCACGACCGCGGUGAGCAGCCCGACUCCGAGCCUUCGCUCCCCGUUCCAGAAGCAUGGCUAUAUUACCAUUGGUUACCGGGGCUCCUACACCAUCGGGAGGGAUAUUCAAACGGACGCCAAGUUCAGGCGAGUGGCCAGAAUAACGGUUUGCGGAAAGACGUCCCUGGCCAAAGAAGUUUUCGGUGAGACUCUGAAUGAGAGCAGAGACCCGGACAAACCACCUGAGAGGUACACCUCCCGGUACUAUCUGAAGUAUAACUUUCUCGAGCAGGCGUUCGACAGGCUCGCGGAGGUCGGGUUCCGCAUGGUGGCUUGCAGCUCCACGGGCACGUGCGCGUACGCGAGCAGCGACCCGAACGAGGACAAAAUCUGGACCAGCUACACCGAAUACGUGUUCUCCCGGGACUGAACAACCCGUUUUCCGGGCCGCUAGGUAGCUUUACCUGAGGGUACUGGGACAGUGACGUCACGUGAUGCUCACCUGUACGGUAGAGGGACUACCUGCAGAAAUGUGAAAACUCCUCUAUCUUCUCUAUAUGUCCCAUCUGAUUAUGGGAAAGGUUAAAGGUUACUGAGGAUUAUUCUGAAAGUAUGGACAUAUUGGUUGUUGUUUUGCCCAGGCCUAUGUACGUCUAAUGGAGGUAUGUUUCAUGUUGCAGACCAGUCUAUAUUAUACAGUUAUACGACUGUUGUGACAGAAUGCUCUCAAGGUGUUUAUACUAACAUUAACACACACACACACACACACACACACACACACACACACACACACACACACACACACAC